AUGUUGCUCCUCCUCGUCGUGCUCUGCUUCGGGCAGAGCGCCCUAUCCCUGCCGCCGCCAGCCCAAAAAUUCCAUCAGGAACCUCGCGCCAGCAAGGUCGAUUGGAACGCUCCGCGACCCGGCCACGGCGGGUUCCUGGCGAAGAGGUCGGAACUGCACUCGGCCGAGCUCUUCAGCGACCCGCCGCGGCCGCUGCUAUCCACCGCCGCCGUUGGCCACGCGCCCCGAGACAGCCCGUGGACACAAAAGCGGGCCACGUCGGACCGGUGGGAGAACCUCAACGGCAGCGCCGCGUGGUACCAGGCACCCGUGUCGUGGGGCGGGUCCCGCAUGGACCUGUAUCAGAUAGGCAAGGCGGACAAGCGGUGCCAGCACAAGAGCUGGGGCAGCAGCAGCGCCAGCAACAACAACAACAACAACAACAACAACAACAACAACAACAACAACAACAACAACAACAACGACAACAAAUGGACGUCCUGGGAGGACCUGGGCGGCACAUUCGCGUCGGCGCCGGCGGCGUGCAGCCGCAAGAAGGACAACAACCACGUGUUCGGGUCGGGCACCGACGGCCAAUGCUGGCAUCGCACAUACAACAGCGGGGCGUGGGGCGCGUGGCAGGCCAUGGGCGGCGCGGUGCAGCACUCGCCCUCGGCGUGCUCUUGGGGCAAGGACCACGCCGCCGUGUACGUGUCGUCGGCGACCGACGGCCAGUGCUGGUACCGCCGGUACGACGAGCCGCCCGCUUCCUCCAAGACAGCACCCGGCUGGGGCGCCUGGGAGGGCCUCGGCGGGUACCUCGACGGCCCGCCCAAGGCCGUCACCUGGGGCCCGGACCACACGAGCAUCUUCUGCAAGGGCCAGGACGGGCAGGUGUGGCACAAGCCCAAGAGCGCGUGGGGCGAGUGGGAAGCCCUUGGCGGUUCCCUCGACGGGACGCCGGCGGCGUGCGCGUGGGACGGGCGCAUGGACGUGUUCGCCAAGGGCAGUGACGGGGCGUGCUGGCACAAGACGUACAAGAACACGACGACGGCGUGGGGGUCGUGGGAGAACCUGGGCGGCAAGCUCAAGGACGGCAAGCCGCCCGACGUGGUGGCCGUCGACGGCCGCAUGGAAGUCUACAUCACGGGCGACGACAGCGCCAUGUACCGCAAGACGUGGCAGAACGACAAGUGGUCCGCCGGCUGGGAGGCCAUGGGCGGCAGCGUCGACUCCAAGCCCAACGCCGUGGUCUGGGACGGCGGCAAGGUCGACGUGUUCGGCACCGGCGCGGAUGGCAGCUGCAAGCGCUGUUUCUCGUGA